AAGUCGGCGGCUUCCCCAUGUGGCCAGAGUAGUUUGAAAGUCCGAACAUGGCAAGCUCCGAUGAAGAUGAAGAUUUGUUGAACAUGGAUGCCAAUAGCGUAGCCUUCUUCUGCAAUCGAGUAGCCUCAAAUGGAAUUCAUCCGACACCGUCCCAAAAAUUUCGCCAUAAAUUAUUCGGCUUAGGGCUUACUAUAUUUUCCUCAAGGUGCAGAUAUGGCUGCUUUCUCAAUUCUCGUGAAUCAAUGCAGCCAAUGAUAGCCCCUAGAGGAAGAGGAUGAUGAUAAUGGGAACAUCAGGGCAUUCCCUGUUUGGUUUCCUGCUCAGUUGCUUGGCAUUGGCUUUUCUACGUCUUGUUCGAGCUCAGGAUCAGUCAGGCUUCAUUAGUUUAGACUGUGGAUUACCAGAGGGUACAAAUUACACUGAAAAGACGACCAAAAUUAACUAUGUUUCUGAUGCAUCCUUCAUAAACACUGGGGUUGGUCGAAGUGUAGAUUCGGCAUAUGGAGAUUUAGAUAUCUAUGAAAUGCAAUUGAAGAAGCUGAGAAGCUUCCCUGAUGGAAUCAGAAACUGUUACAAUAUAAGCAUUAAAAGGGCCACCGAAUACUUGAUUCGAGCAAGUUUCUUGUAUGGCAAUUAUGAUGGUCUGGAUUCGCCACCGAUGUUUGAUAUCUACAUUGGGAAUAGCUUAUGGGAGACAUUAAACGUAACUGGAAAUGGCAUGGGUGUUUUCAUAGAACUUAUACAUGUAACCUCCUCAGAUGAAGUUCACAUCUGUCUGAUCAAUACUGGAAAUGGAGUACCAUUUAUUUCUGCAUUGGAAUUUAGACCUUCGCCCAAUAUCACUUAUUAUACACCAUCAGCAUCCUUAUCAGUUUUCGAUCGAUUGGACUUCGGUUCAACGGAUGGUCAAACUUACAGAUUCCCUUUGGAUGUUUAUGACCGCAUCUGGUCAACAUUUAACUCUAAGGAUUGGACACGAGUAAGCACCAAUAUUACUGUAGAUGUUAGUGGGGGCAAAGCUUUGCAUCUUCCAUCCAUUGUCAUGAAUACUGCCUCCACUGCAAAGGAUGCAAGCACGACUCUGGAGAUUUCGUGGGAUACAAUAGAUUCAUCUCGAUACUUUGUACUUAUGCACUUUGCUGAACUUGUGAUUCCUCAAGUCAAUCAAAGCAGGGAGUUUAAUGUCUGGCACAAUGCACACUUUUAUUCAGGAACUGUAAUUCCAAAAUAUUUGUCCUCGAUGACCCUUUUGUCUCGACAACCAUUGGAGGCAGCAAGUAGUCAUUUACUUUCUUUCAUUCCAACUGAGAAUUCGACGCUUCCUCCUCUCAUCAAUGCUUUUGAAUUAUAUGGGAUGAAAGAAAUAUCAGAGUUAGAAACAGAGCAAGGAGAUGUGGAUGCAAUUACCAAUAUUAGGUCAAAUUAUGGAAUAAAGAAGGAUUGGCAAGGAGAUCCAUGUGUCCCAAUGGAAUACGCUUGGAGUGGAUUAAAUUGUAGUAACAAAACUGCUCCAAGAAUCAUAUCCUUGGACCUAUCUGGAAGUGGACUGAUAGGUGAGAUAUCUUCUUACAUAUCAAAUCUAACCAUGUUGCAAAUUCUGGAUUUGUCCAAUAAUGGGUUGACUGGAGAGAUACCGGAAUUCUUAGUCAAUUUGCCUAACCUAAGAAUCCUUUCUUUAACCAGAAACAGCUUCACAGGCUUAAUUCCCAAGGCUCUCUUGCAAAGGGCUGAAGCUGGAUUGCUUACAUUAAGUGUGGGUGAAAAUCCAGAUCUUUGUACAUCACUUAAAUGUGAUAACAAGAAGAAGAAGAAGAGGAACAAGUACUUGGUUCCUGUAAUUCUCGCCAGCGUAAUAGCUGUGUUCCUACCUAUCCUUAUAAUUACUCUAGUAAUCUACAAAAGGAGAAGACAAAGAGAGAAUCUCAAAAGAUCAAUCCAAGAAAGGUUACUUAAGUCGAAGAACCAACAAGUUCAUUACUCUGAGAUAUUGGUUAUCACAGAUAACUUUAAGACAACUCUUGGGGAAGGAGGAUUUGGAAAAGUAUACUUGGGUGUACUGAGUGAUAAAACCCAAGUUGCUGUCAAGUUGCUGUCUUCAAUAUCACAGCAAGGCUACAAUGAAUUCAGAGCUGAGGCUCAAAUACUAACAGUUGUUCAUCAUAGAAAUCUGGUUUCUCUUGUUGGUUACUGUGAUGAAGCUGAGAAUAAGGCACUCAUUUAUGAAUUCAUGUGUAACGGAAAUUUAGGCAAUCAUCUAUCUGAUUCAAGCGCAAAGGUGUUGAGUUGGAUGGAAAGACUCCAAAUUGCAGUUGAUGCAGCACAAGGAUUAGAAUAUUUACACAAUGGUUGCGUGCCGCCCAUCAUUCACAGAGAUAUCAAGUCUUCUAAUAUCCUAUUGAAUGAAAAAAUGCAAGCUAAAAUAUCUGAUUUUGGACUGUCCAGAGUAUUUGCAAAUGAAAAUGAUACUCAUUUCUCCACAUGUCCUGCUGGCACCUUCGGUUACGUCGACCCUACGGUUCAUUUAUCCAGAAACUUCAUCAAGAAAAGUGACGUUUACAGCUUUGGAAUUAUAUUGCUUGAGCUGAUCACUGGACAUCCUGCCAUAAUCAAGAGCUCUGAAGUGAACACUCACAUAGUUGAUUGGGUUAAGCCUCUGAUUUCCGAAGGGAACAUCGAAAACAUUGUCGAUCCAAGGUUAGAAGGCUCUAUUGAAAGUUGUUCUGCAAGGAAAUUUGUGGAGCUUGCUCUAUCAUGCACAUUGCCAACUUCAGCUGGAAGGCCGGACAUGAGUGAUGUGGUGUUGCAACUCAUUGAGUGCUUGGAGAUUGUUCAAGACAGAGCACAAAUUCCACCUAACAAUGCUGAGAACUUCUCACACAAUUCAAUCGGCUCUGUUUCAAUUGUUGGUCCCAGGAUUCCCCAAGCACAUGCAGCAACAACGGAGAAGAAGAUGGGUGCGUUUAUGUGGUUUGUUUGUGCAAUAUUUUUAGCCUUGCCCAGCUCCGAAGCGGCUCAAGAACCCACCGCCGCCGCCACGAUAUUCCCGGCGAUACUGACUUUCGGCGACUCCGCCUUGGAUGUGGGUAACAACAACAACCGGUUCACCCUGUUCAAGGCCAACUACCAUCCUUAUGGUCGGGACUUCAUGAACCAUAAAGCCACCGGCAGGUUUUGUAAUGGAAAACUCGUUUCUGAUAUAACUGCCGAAAACCUCGGUUUUGAGAGCCACCCACCGGCGUAUCUCAGCCCAGAGGCUUCCGGCCGGAAUCUUCUAAUCGGAGCCUGCUUCGCCUCCGCCGCCGCCGGCUACGAUGAGCAAGCUUCAAUUUCCAAUCGUGCGAUUACUUUGGCUCAGCAGUUGUCUAAUUACAAAGAGUACCAAAGCAAGGUGGCUAUGGUGGCCGGCCGUGAGAAAGCGGCCGCCAUUGUUAAAGAUGGAUUGCACAUACUGAGCUGCGGUACCAGCGACUAUCUCCAGAAUUAUUACACAAAUCCGGCGGUUCGUAGACGGUUCACUCCCGAUCAGUACUCCUCCUUCCUUGUUGCUUCCUUCUCCAAAUUCAUCAAGGAUUUACAUGGGCUAGGAGCAAGGAAAAUUGGGGUCACCUCAAUGCCUCCAUUAGGUUGUUUUCCUGCUGUACUCACUCUGUUUGGUUACCAACAACAAAAGGGUUGUGUCAGAACAAUCAACAAUCAUGUCCUAGUUUUCAAUAGGAAGCUCAAUUCUACUGCUGCAACUCUUCGCAAGCAGCUUCCUGAUCUCAAACUCGUAGUCUUUGACGUUUUCAAUCCUUUGUACAAUGCUAUUAUGUCUCCGUCGAGCUAUGGAUUUGAUGAAGUGAGAAGAGGCUGCUGUGGCACUGGGGCGGUGGAGACGGCCUCGGUUUUGUGCAAUCCAAAAUCUCAUGUAACAUGUUCUAAUGCGACCAAAUAUAUGUUCUGGGACAGUGUUCAUCCAUCUCAGGCUGCCAACCAGAUACUUGCUGAUGCUAUGCUUGUCCAAGGCUAUGCUCUCAUCUGACCAUCACCGUAUGAACUGUUUUAGUUUCACUGUUUUUCCAAAUGUUUCUGGAUUAUCUCCAUUUGUACUAGUUAUUGUGUAGUAAUCAUGGGACAGCUGAUAAAGAUUUGAUUGUAUUCAGUACCAAAACAUUGGAUCAACUUGAUGCAAGAACAAGGGCUGAUAGAAUUAAGUAUUCCUUGAGAUUCAUUGAA